UCUGAUGGCAAAAACUUGGGGCGGGUGGGGAAACAGCAAUCCUCCUGCAUGUAUUACUUGCCUACGCUGCUGCCUUGUGAAAGGAAACAAGAAGGGAGCACAAAUGCCCCCAGACCGCCUCUCUCACAUCGGCCUAGACCUGCGCUCGUCUUCUGGCCUCCUUCGCUGAGAGAAUGAAAGGAUGGCGGAGCGGCGCUUCGGCGGGGACCACGAAGUGCUGACGGAUGCUGCAGCAGCGGCUCGCCGGGGUGAACAGAAGCAUCAUGCCGCGAUGAAUUCGCCGGAAGAUGCCGAAGAUCUGUCUCUGGAGGAGAUCCUGAGGCUGUACAGCCAGCCCAUCAACGAGGAGCAGGCAUGGGCGGUGUGUUACCAGUGCUGCCGGACGCUGGCGAAGGCGCACCGGGGCGACGGAAGCUCCGUUGUCACCGGAGCAUCCUCUGCGGAGAAGCCGCAGAGGAUAUCUGGACCGGGGGAUGUUAGGAUACAGAAAGAAGGCUCGGUGAGGAUGGAUCAACAUGGCUGUGAAGGUAAAUACAGCCCUUGCACAACAACUGAGGUCAUUGAGUCUCUGGGCAUCAUGAUCUACAAGGCUCUCGACUAUGGCCUGAAGGAAAAUGAGGAGAGGGAACUUAGUCCUCCGCUGGAACAGCUCAUUGAUCUCAUGACCAAUUCGGCUGAGGCAGAGAAGGAAGCCUGCCUUGACGAAGGGUAUGAGGCCACAGAAGAAGAAGAAGAAACAGAAGAUGACCCUAGCAGCAUCUCCAGUGUUCACAACUACAAAGAUAUCCUGAAGCUGUGUACAGCUCAUCUUCCCAGUGUGUCAGAUGCCCCAAGUCACUACCAGGCAGUGUGUCGAGCACUGUAUACAGAAACCAGGGAGCUACGCACCUUUCUGGAGAAGAUCAAGAGUGCCAAAGAGAACCUCCGAAAGAUGGAGAAGGAAACCUCAGAGGGGCCAGUCCGAGACUUGAAUGAGCUGCAGAAUGCUGACUGGGCUCGAUUCUGGGUUCAGGUAAUGAGGGACCUUCGUGAAGGAGUCAAGUUAAAGAAAGUGCAAGAGCGUCAGUACAACCCUCUGCCCAUUGAGUACCAGCUCACUCCCUAUGAGAUGCUCAUGGAUGACAUCAGGUCCAAACGCUACAAGCUGCGCAAAGUCAUGAUUAAUGGAGACAUCCCACCGAGGUUAAAGAAAAGUGCUCAUGAAGUUAUCCUGGAGUUCAUCAGGUCCAGACCACCACUUAAUCCUGUGUCAGCUCGUAAGCUGAAGCCUCAGGCUCAGCCUCCUCCGACCCUGCAUGAGCGGAUCUUGGAGGAGAUAAAGGCAGAGAGGAAACUUCGACCAGUGUCCCCCGACGAUAUCCGCAGAGGACGGCUGGGUUUUGGCAAAACAUGCAGUAUGCCUCAGGAUUUGUUCCGUACAGGACUAGAUGAGCUUAGUCCAUACAUGGGCAGGAGGACGUCCAGUUCUCUGUCUCUGAACAAUGGAUCACGGUCUCCCAGAGUAGAACCCUCCGGUUCUCAGUCUGUCCCUCAGAGGAAGAAACUCCUGAAGGCUCCAAGCCUGGCUGAGCUGGACAGCUCCGACUCUGAUGACGAGCUGGUUGGACCCACAUCAGCAAGCAACUCCAGUGUGGCAACAUCUUUGAUGGAUGAUACAUCGCCAGAGUCUGCGCUCGGAAAGAAAACCCCACCCAUGUUCCUGCCCAUCUCCUCCACACCUCAGCCAGAGAGACGUCAGACCCCCCAGAGGAGACACUCCAUUGAGAAGGAAACGCCCACCAGUGUCCGACAGUUCCAGCCACCGUCCAAACAGAACUCCAAGUCUCUGGAGGAGUUUUGUUUCCCUGUGGAAUGUCUGUCUCUGACAGUGGAAGAAGUGAUGCACAUCAGACAGGUGCUGGUGAAAGCAGAGCUGGAGAAGUUCCAGCAGUACAAAGACAUCUACAAUGCUAUGAAGAAAGGGAAGCUUUGCUUCUGUUGUCGGACCAAAAGGUUUUCCCUUUUCACCUGGUCCUAUACCUGCCAGUUCUGCAAAAAGCCUGUGUGCUCACAAUGCUGCAAAAAGAUGCGGCUUCCAUCAAAACCUUAUUCCAGUCUGCCUAUCUACUCCAUUGGCUCAACCAAUACUCUGCCCAGAGACAGAAUAAGUGCCAUGGCUGAUGUAGGACAAGGACUCUCUGUGGCUGAAGGGCCAGGAUCGUCCAUGGCAGCGGGAGGGGCUGUUUCAUCACCAACUUUGAGAGGAGCUACAAAAGCAGCAUCUAAAGGAGCUGGAAAAACUACAGGAGCAGCAGCAGCUGCCAAAGCUGACAAACCGUCCAGGAGCCACCAGCGCCACAGCAUUCAGAAGACCAUGUCCAAGCUGUCAAAGCAUGGCUCUUUAAAAUCUCAUGAAGAACUGGAGCUGCCCCCAGAGCUAACAGAGGACUGGGCCACCAUGGAGAUGUGUGUGGACUGCAAGAAGUUCAUCUCCGACAUAAUCGCCUCCAGCAAGCACAGCCUGUCGCUGGCUACCAAGAGGGCGCGCCUAAAACGCAAGACGCAGUCCUUCUACUUGUCGUCCCCCAAAGGAGCAGAGGGCUACAGACCCUCUGAACGAACAAUCAAUGAAAUCUAAAAUUGUUUGUGCAUACCUGGGUCAUAGAGAGUCGUCAAAAUGACUCAAAAGAACUUGAGACAUAAUGUUUUCCUUUCCUCCUCAUCAAUGCACAGCUCCUCCAGACAACUGCAUGUUGCAGGACCACCUGUCUCUUUCAGUUAUUUUCCCUUUCUGAAUCUUAUAUUUCUCUACCCACAAACAGUUGAUUUAAUGCAAAUAACCUGAAAGUCACAGUGGACUUAUAUCUCACCACUGAUGGCACAACUGUGUUGUCCAGAUCAACUCAGAUUCAUUUUAAAGCACAAAACAGAGGAGAAAUUCUCUUUUAAACAGAGAGAGAUGCUCAAGAAAAUAAAAUAUAAAGCUGUAUAUUUUAUAUGGGUUAUAAUUUAGUUUUUUACAUGUAUGUUUGGGUGUAUGUCUGUGUUCUGUAAAGGAUUGUUUCCAAAAAAACAAAAGCCACCUUCUAUUUUGGAUUUCACUGAUAUUGUUCAGGGAGAUGUAUCCUCGCUGCUGCUGUCAGCCCACCUGAAAGCGUUGUUCUGUUUUCAAGAAAUUUUGUUUUCUGAAAAAUGUUUCUGUCAAAAUUAGAACCAGACAGAAACAAUCUUCUGGUUAAAAUAUUAAUUUGUGCCAAAUAACACUUUCUUUCACCAAUGAGUCACCCAAAGAAAACCAUUAUUCCUGGGGAAUCGUUGCCACGUUAUUACCGCUAACCCUGAGCUAAUGCCUGCUUAUUUGAGAUAAAUUCAUGGAUGUAACCGGUAAUCCAAACAUUCCUUAGCCCUGCUAAUACUUUUUAGCUCAUUUUCAGGGAUCCCUAUCUGUUUCCUAUCUGUAUAUUCCAAAAGGGAUAAACAUAUAGUCCCUCUAGUGAGUUCUAGGUCUUCCCCAGGGUCUCCUCCAAGUAGGAAAUCCCACAGAAAACCUUCAAAGGGGGACCCCAAUAGGCAUCCUGAUCAGAUACCUGAAACAUCUUAGCUUACCCUGUUUGAUGCAGAAGAAGAUCAGCUGUACUCAAGAGUCCAGAUGACGGAGCUCCUCAGUUUAUCACUAACGCAAGGCAUGGCCAUCCCUAGAGAAAGCUCAUCUCAUGACCUACAUUAACAACAUAAUCAGAAAGCUCACUAAAUGAAUUUUCUUUAUAUAUACAAGUCUAUAUAUACACUUGUGGAUGUUGUUACUUUGCUGUGACAGAACCAUUUUAGCAGUGUUUGAUGACAUUUAACUACUAGCUCUCUAUGAUCCACUGGUACUUCUAAAAUGUAACAGAUCAGAAAUACUCUCAAUAGAUACAACUGAGGCUGAGUUACUGAGGUUUUUCCUCUAUUUUAGUUUGAAUUAAAUAUUCCCUGUUUUUACACACAGCUCUUUCCAGAGGUUGUGAAGUGCUACUUAGUGUGACAUCAAUGCUGUUGUUCUGCAAGCAAACGUAAUCAAAUCCGCGUUUGGUUUCAUUUAUUUUUUAUUAAAUCCGUCUUUGAAUAAUUUUCAUGAAAUAUGUGCAUAUUUUUGGAUAUUGUUAAUUAUCUCUUGACAAUAAUCAACAUAUAGUACAUGUAACUGAUUUACUUUUCCGUAUAUUAACUUGUGUUAGAAAGGUUGCAUUAUGUAAAGAUUAGUCAUCAUAGAAUGCCUCAUGUACAGACGAUGAAACCCAGUUCACUGUAUAGGCAGCGAAUAUGAUUUCUAAUCAUCAUGCAGAGUCUACCUGAAAGGAAGCGAUAUCUGCCUUCAGACCUGGAUGUGUUCAUCUACAUGAUAUAGUUCUGCCUUACAAACUGCCUUUCAUGAUUACUUAUUUGGUGGAAUGUCAUCCAGUGUUGGUGUACAUACUUUGUUUGUGAUGGUUUGUAUGUUUGUAGAUCAGGUGGUUGUUGUCUCAGUGAAGACGGUGCUGACAGUGACACAGGUGAAGAGCCACAUCUCGGAGAGGAAAUUCCUCCUGGUACAGUGUGAUGAGGUCGAUGUAAAGGGGACCUCACAGUGUGAGAGGCAGCAGCAUGCAUGUACUGCAGUGUAGCUUGUUCCCUCUGUCUGUAUAACCUUUAAUCUGUAACUACCUGCAGAGAUUGCAGUAAACAAUGACAAUAAACUGUACUGCAAUACCCA